GGGAUUGGGUACCUCCCAGGGUGUUUACUCUGAUGCCUUUGGCUUCUUCCUUGAUGGCUUCUCUCUCUCUCUUUUUAUCAUGUACUUUCUUCAGUGUGUGGCCUACCAUGCAACUCAGAGAUGGUGGUCGGAUUGCUUCUGUAGUGGCAAGUACUGACUUUAAGCCCAUUCUCUUCUUCAGAGUUUGUUGACCUUUGAAGAUGUGGCCCUGAAUUUUUCCCAGGAAGAAUGGGAGUUAUUGGACCCCACUCAGAAGGCCCUCUACAACAAUGUGAUGCAGGAGAACUAUGAGACUGUCAUCUCUCUGGGAUUAAAGCUCAAAAGUGACACUGGAAAUGAUCAGCCUAUGUCUCCUUCUGAGUUAGAAAUACAAGCACCAGGAGGCAAAGUAUCAAAAAAAGCCAGAGUGAAAGUUCCCCAGAAAACAACAGGCACAGAAAAUCAUGGUGGUACAUACAGGGUAAGGAAACGGCAUCAAAAUUUUCCAGGGAAGAAAAGAAAGAAACAUUCAACAUAUAAACAAGAGCUGCCAAAAUGUAUGGAUCUUCACAGGAAAGGCCACUCAGGGGAGAAAACUUUUAAAUGUCAGGAAUGUGGAAAAAGCUUCAGAGUGAGCUCUGACCUUAUUAAGCACCAGAGAAUUCACACUGAAGAGAAACCCUAUAAAUGUCAACAAUGUGAUAGGAGAUUUAGAUGGAGUUCAGAUCUUAAUAAACACCUAAUGACACACCAAGGAAUAAAACCACAUAAAUGUUCAUGGUGUGGGAAAAGCUUCAGUCAUAACACAAAUCUCCACACACAUCAAAGAAUCCACACAGGAGAGAAACCCUUUAAAUGUCAUGAAUGUGGAAAAAGAUUCAUUCAGAACUCCCAUCUUAUUAAACACCAGAGAACCCACACAGGUGAGCAGCCCUACACUUGUAGCAUAUGCAAGAGAAACUUCAGCAGGCGGUCAAGCCUUCUUAGACACCAGAAACUCCACAGGGCAACGGAAGUUUGUCCCGUGUCCCCAGUCUGAAUAAAGUCACUAUAUGGAUCUGGCCCUAGACAGGAUGAAAGAGUAUAAAGUCAUAAAUCACCAAUGAUAGGAAUCUCAUCAAUGGGAAAUUUGGGAGGUACCAGUGCCAUGCUUCCCUGAAAGGAAUCCAAGUUGUCUGUCUUGUCCAGUGUUAUAUCUUCAGUGCCUAGCACAAAUUGACACAUAGGGAGUACUUUAUAAAUAAAAGAAUGAAAAUAUGUCAAGUAUAUCUAUUUAUCAUUGCUACCUAUUUAUUUAUCUCUGGUUACUUGGAGCUUUCCCAGGCUCAGUGAUCUACCUUCUUCAGGUAUCAGGUGCUUGGCAAAUAUAUGAUGGCCGUGAGUCCUGGUCUCAUUCGUUAUUAGUAGAGAUGGAAGAGAAGUAUAUAGGUCUCCAAAAGGAGAGAAUUACUUAGCUGGGGAGUGCUUUUAUGGCUAUCAUUCUAUCUGCAUGAACAUCUAAGCCCAGCAUGUAGGGAGCUUUACCCUGGUAC